UUAACAGUUCUCUUCACUAGUAACAAAGUGUUUUAAAGCAAAAGUUAGCUUCAAGUACUUGGUAAUAAUUGUACAAUUGCUUGAAAAUUGUCGUAAUUUAGCCAAGAUUCGUAUAGUGGUGUAAAUAAGUAAUGGUGGUGGGAGGUGUUAUGUUACUUAACAAGGGCGGAAAGUAACCUGUUUCAGUGUCUCAAAGUUUGAAACUUAUACUUUGUCUUGCGGAUCAUUUUCGGUCGUCUUCCAGCUUCCUGAUCAUUAGUAAAUAAUGUCAAAAGUAACUGAUCCCCUUCUUCUUGAUAUCGAAAAAUUUAUGAAGGAGAAGGGGAAUCUACCCAAACCUUCUGCUGAAAGUAGCAAAGAUAAAAGCUACGUGCAGACGACCCAAGAAGAAAAACAAGAACAGAAAAACUCCAUAAGAGUAAAAAUAAACCUGAAAGAUUGUUUCAAUCAAACUCCUAAAAUGCGCCCCCCUAACGAGUGUGAUCAUAGUAACGAUCUACCUUCAAGAAAACAUAAACUAGACCCGGAAAACAAGAAAAAGCAUUCCAAGAAACAUUACAAAAUUAGAAUUUGUAAAGGGGUCAUCAAUUACAUGAACGACCAAUAUGCGGCCAAAACCACGUAUCCGAGAAGACGCCGCCCCAAAAUUCGCUUCUACCCGCCCAGCUGUCUGAACCGGGCUGUGGUCCGUAGAGUGCAGUGCCGGAACGACUGCACUACUAUUAAAACUGCCAUUACUAUAAAAGAGGAAGUCAUUGAUCUAACUUCAGACGAAAGCACCUGUUUCAUGCAAGUGAAAUUUGGCGUCCAAAACGAAUUCAAUUUUUCUGAAAUAGAGUGCUAUUUGUUUGAACCUAGCGAGGUUGUGCCCUCAUUUGGGGCGAUUCUGAGCGAGUUAAAGCAGGCACAAGUCUAUAUUCCGGAUGUGCGUUUUGACACAACAUUUAAUUUCAUUGACUUGACUUGCGACAGUGAAGAGAUUGAAGAUUUGGCAAUUUCGAGUGAAAAAGAAUGCGCCAAUCGCAUCCUGCACAUAAUCUACCAGUACCACAAGUUGCACCACGUGCAGCUUUCCGUGGAAAACACUCUCAGCCAGUUGCAACACCCGUGUCCUGACGAUAAUCUAACGUUUCAGUUCCUGUCACAGAGAGCGUCGCUCCUCGGCUGCAGCCUCGCGCAAAUUCUCUCGAAAACUUACGUUAGGAAUUUCGAUAUUCAGCGAUUCGUGGAUAUUUUGGUGCACAAGUUUGAAGAAACGUACCAGAGGAGUAUCGAAAACGAAUUGGUUUUGUCGUAUUUGUGCACAAUGCUCGGCACAAGUCAAGCGUUCUGUGCCGGAGGCACUGGCAUGAAAAUUCUAAACUUGUUGCAAGUUCGUACUAAAGAGGAGCCAGUGAAGGGGGAGGAGGAAGAGUGUCAAGUUGUUUUCACCACAGAACAGCUCGAUCAGUUGCAGUUGCAAAUUUUUAAGUACCACGAGAUUGUGGCACGGCAGGAACUGCUAGAGGGAGGGGAUCCCUUUGAGCGUUGUGAAAGUAAAGUCAUGUUGUAGUUAUUUCAGAUUUUUCAAAGUUUAAGUGGGUUUUUUUUUCUAAUAAAGGCCGUUUGUGUUA